UAUACUUAAACCUUUUCAGCAUGAUCAAGUGGAAGUUGUUCGUAAGUCUUGCUUUUCUUGAUUUUCAAUUGUCAUGGGCCAUCAGGGCAUUUCAUGGCCACUGUCCCGACAACAUGACGGCGAUUGCUGAUUUGGAUAUGGAUCGCUUUAAGGGCAAGUGGUACACCCACUCAAUAUAUCCUCCAUUAUCUUUGAAAGUGCCAAAAUGUCAGUCGACGGAAUUCGUAGAGAAGCACGGUCAUAGAUAUGUUGUUAAGGCCCGCGAACUGAGCGGCCAAACCGGCACAGUAAGGUUUAGAAAAGCACCCAUUAUAAGAGUGGAUCCAAAACAUGGAAGGUAUGUGUUGGGCUCCAAAAAUCCAGCAUUUCCUGAAGGCGUUCUGCUUUAUGUACUGGAUACCGACUAUUCCAACUUCGCCAUACGCUAUCUGUGCUUCGAUUCGAGUCACAUUUUUAGCUUUCAAUGGGCCGCCAUCCAGACGCGAAAACGUUUACCCAGUGCGGAAGUGAUCUACAUGGCUCAGUACUAUGCGAAUAAGGCUGGCCUCAUCAUAAGCGACAUGAGUAAAGUUCACCAGGAGUCCUGUCCCGCAGACACUUGAAUAUUCCUCAUUUUGUGUGAAAAAGUAAGCAAGUAAAAUAUUGUUGACUAAAUUAUUGCUGCAGAACCAAUUGAUUCGGAUUAUAAAAGUUUCACAGUAAUGCCCUGAUUACCAUUCAUAAGUGGAUUAUAGUUUUUCGUUUUAUUCUCCGGUAAACAAUAUCAGAAUGUGACUUAUUUGUUUUAAAAACAAAUGUAUUACAAAUAAAACAAUGAAUGCAUGAA